UCACAAAACAGCACAACGCCACAGCUAUCACAUCACCAUCAUCAAACAACUAGACAUAACACAGCACAAAGACACCACUACUUAAGACAACAUAUAUUAUCACCAUUAAGAAAGCAACACAACACUAUCAUCACACCUCCUUCAUCACACUGCAACCAGACAACACAAACACACCAUCACCAACCCUCUCUCAAAUCCUUCUUCCCAUCCCUUCCCAUCCACACAACACCAUGUUCCUCACCAUUACACCACUUUCAUCACACUACAACCACACAAAACACAACACAAAGUCACAAACACACCACCACCACACCACCAACCUUAUCUCAAGCCCUUCCUGCCCUCCCCUCCCAAGUAGCGAGACUCACAGGUGCCUUCUCUCGUCCCCAGGUGCGGCGGGUCAGAGCCAGGCGUUCCGCGAGAGGCCGGACAGCGUGCAGGUGCGGGCCGGCAGCGACGUGUUCCUGCGCUGCGCCGUGGACCACCAGCAGGGCAAGGCACAAUGGACCAAGGACGGCUUUGCUUUGGGUUUUGAGCGAAACGUGCCCGGCUACCCACGCUACCAAUACUCAGGAGAGGCGGCGCUGGGGGAGCAUCAUCUCAUCAUCAAGGGCAUAACGCUGGAGGACGACGGCGAGUACCAGUGCCAAGUCGGCCCCACCGCCAACGCCCUCCCCAUCUGGGCCGCCGCCAACGUCACCGUGAUGGUGCCGCCCGGGAGCAUACGAGUGGCCGGGCGGCGUGAGGGCGAGAUGGUGGUGGUGGCGGAGGGGGAAGACGUGCAGCUCGAGUGUGUGGUGGGCGACGCACGACCCGAGCCUUCCCUUGCCUGGUACCGCGACGGCCUGCGAGUAGACGAGAGUGAGUACACUUUGCAAACAGACGUGCGGAGGCCUUCCACACGUCGGCGGCUGGUCAGCGUGACGAGCAGACUGACGGUGAGGGCGACGCGAGAGGAUGACGGGACGCAAUACACGUGCCGCGCCUCCCACCCCGCCCUACAGCACCCCGCCCUGCCCCUCGCCGCCUCCCUCACCCUCUCCGUCCUGCACCCCCCGGACCCUCCUUCCAUCACCGGCUACAGAACGGGCGAGGUGCUGCGGGCGGGGGAGCGGCGCACCCUGACCUGCCGCGUGGUGGGGGGUAACCCGGGGCCCUGGGUCACGUGGUACUGGCACCAGGUAUUACCCAACAACACGCUACGCACGCAAGCCCGGAAGAGCGUGCACCUCAACGACAAGACGAGCGGUGACCUCAGGAGCCGCGGGGUUAGCGUAACGCAACAGGUGACGGCUUCGCGGACGGAUGACGGGGCGGUGUACGAGUGCCGCGUUACCAGCGAUCAACUCAGCCGCCCGCUCUCCGCUAACGUCACCCUUACCGUUCACUACGAGCCGGCGCAGGUCAGAGUGAGCGGCCCGACAGUGGUGACGGCGGGACAGCGGUUCACACUCACCUGCAUCACCUCGGCCGCCAACCCCCCCGCCAACCUCACCUGGAUUCUUGAUGGUGAGCAGGUGAACACGACGAAGAAUAUUGUGACGCGGGACGACGGGGGCGGCUGGGUCACGUCCUCGGAGCUGAGCAGCGAGGCGGGGCGGGCCAGCGGCGUGAGGAUGGUGCGGGCGCGGUGCGAGGCCCAACACCUGGAGGCCACGGACGUCAUCACCCACACGAGAAACAUCACCGUUAUGCGUCCCCCGGGGCAGCCAGUGGUGGAGCUGAAGGCCCAGAGGCAGGUGGUGGCCGGGAGCCUCGUGGAGUUCACCUGUAUCACCAAGGGAGGUCACCCGCCGCCGAAGGUCAGACUGUACAAGAACGACAAGGAGCUCCUGGGGCAAACGGCGGUACGAAGCGGCGUGACAGCGGUGACGGCCACGAUGACGGCGGCGGCGGAGGACAACGGCGCCAGACUCAAGUGUGAUGCUUCCAACGCCGCCCUGCCCGACCCCCUCACCGCCGUCACCACCCUCAACAUGCUCUUCCCCGCGUGGGAGGUGCGCGGCUGGGCCAACCCUCGCAGCGUGGAGGUGGGGAAAGUGAUCACCUUGACCUGCGAGUCCUCCUCUAGUAUCCCUGCCUCCACCAUCACCUGGCCCUCAGACGCCAACGCCAUCGCCGAGCCCUCUUCAAGAAAGUCUCCGGGAAGUUUCGGCGGCCAGAUCACCAGGUCUGAGAUGCGUGUCCGUGUUACCGCCGAGGACCAGGGCCGCGUCGUCACCUGCGAGGCUGACAACGGCCUGGGCGUCACCGUGGCCACCAACAUCACUCUGGACGUGCUGCGUGAGUGUGUCUAG